GUGCGCGUCAAGUAAAUAGCCGGAAAGUUAAACAAACGGUUUUUCAAUUUGAAUCAUCCAGUGUAGACAGUAAAGUCGAUAUUUGACCGAUUAAAUUUGUCGCAGCUCGGCCAACUUAAAUAAUAUCAAGUGUACCUAAUGUGCUAGCGCGUCGCAGUGUCAGUUACUCGUUAAUAACCUGUGACCGAGCACGGUCAUUCGCUAUGUACAAGUUCAAUAAGUAAAUAGAAAUGGACUGGACAUUGUGCCUCCUUUGUGCCCUGAUCUCAAUGACAUCAAUAAGAUGCCACCGAUAUAUAUCCUCGCCGUACCAUCAGUACGAUCAAAUAGAGACAAACCAUGACCGACAGGGUCAUGCACAGCGAGCGAGCGUGCAAGACCAAGCUACGCAGCGAAUAAGCGGUGAUCAAGCUACGCAGAGGUUAAGAGAAUGGGUAGAUCAAGCUACGCAGAGAAUAAGCGAACGAGAUAAUCAAGCUACGCAGCAGAUAAGCGAAAACGACCAAGCUACACAUCGGAUAAGAGAAUGGGUCGGCCAAACUUCGCAAACGUUGAGCGAACGAGAUGACCAAGCUACACAGAGAAUGAGUGAACGCUCACUUCCCCUGGACAGCGGUCGACAGAGGCUACAAGAGUUGCAAAGAAGGAGGUUUAAUCAGGAAGAUGAGGGUCUUAGAAUCGUGAAUAUAAAUAAAAAUUCGGGGUUUCAUUCGACGCCUAGAAGAGGCAUGGUGCCGGAUCCGGUAGUAUCGCCGGACGUAGUGGUGUUCCCGGGCCCGAGCCGGCGGUCCGAUCAGACGCAGUUCGUCCCGAGCGUGCCAGAGGAAUGUCUGCGCACAGGCAUCUGCGAAGACUUGCCCGACUACCCGGAGGAUCGAGUCGCCGCCAUCAUUGAGCAGCUCGGCAACGCGACGGACAAGUACAAGGUGGACGAGUUGGACACGCCUGAAAUAGCGCAGCGGAUCGGCCCGCCGGAGGAAAUGGAGCUCUGCGAGUUCUCGCUUAAGGUGGUAAUACCGAAGGCGGCUCCGGACAAAGACGGCAAUUGGCACUAUAUCCUAAACCAGAAGGACAAGCCUUUGCAGGGCUUCCAUGUUGAAAUAUGCAAAGAGGAUAAAUCCCCCUGCGCGAAGCUAGCGCACUUCUACUCGGGAUACGAAGCCAGCUGCAAGCAGAAGUACAUGCUACGGUACAUGGCCGGCCUGAACGCUAACGGCGAGAUGGUCGAGAAGGCUUUCAAGCUGCCUAGCUGCUGCUCUUGCGUUGUCCGACAAAUAGAUUAAAAGAGUCCGUCUGAAGGCGUGUCCAGACGGGAACUAUUUUUCGCCAAUCUGAUUAAAUUGACCGAUCAAAUCAGGUAGUGCGGACUUGAAUGUGGCGAUCUAAAUUGGCGUUCGCACAGCCUGAUUGCGAAAAAUUGUUCUCGUUUGGACAGGCCUUGAGUCUGGCCGCCCACGCACGAAAUUUUCCGUACGGAAUGACAUGAGCAAGCGAGACAGCGCUAUGCAUUUGUAGAGUGAUGUCCCGUUCCUACUUGUCAAUCCGUACGAAAAUCAAAUGAAAUUGAAAAUUCAGUGCAUGUGCGGCCAGGCUGAGUCUGCGCCAAAUUUGAGUGACCGAGUGUGCAUGCGUGUAUGCAGUGUUUCAAGGUCCCUUAAGCCAUAAGUUACGUUUAUUUUAAUGAAAAGUCAGAUUUUUAUUACGGUAGUCACAUUUUGUUCUUACAUUAUCAGAAAACCCCGGCUAAAUCAUAAGAUUCAUAAGUCACCCACGUUCGGUUUUCUUCGGGGACUUGUCAUACUUAUGACAAGUCCCAAUGCCAACUCACGAAAAACCAUCUAACUGUGUGCAAUCUAACAAAACUUUGGCUUUCGAAUGAAGUUCGAAUGACUAUAAAAUAUUAAUUCUAUUUCGUGUGUAGGUAUUACUUUCAACUUACCUACCAAUCCCCAAUUUUAUUAACCGUACCAAGGUGACAUACAACAAUGUUUUCACCACACCAGCUCGGAAAGGCUUACUUUGCACUUCAAAAACUGAUAGCAAAGUUGCAUUUUAUUCACAUGUGAGGCAAAGUAAUAAAAUGCAAAUUUUGAGUUGUUUUCUUACGUUUGCUGGUAGAAUUGACUUUUCAAUGAUGAUUUUGGAUGAUAAAUAUUUAAUAACAUUCAUUUGGAUUUGAUUUGGUUUGAUUUUGUUUUGAUAUAAAUGUAAACAUUUAAAAUUUGCUUCGGGUUGGUGUGGUGAAAAAUUUUGUGUUUCACUCGGGGGCAAAUUUUGUUUAACCCUCGUGCUUUGAAACCCUCGCAACGCUCAAGAUUCCAUUUUUCGAACCACACGCUACGCUCGUGGUUCAAUUUUGGAAUCAUUCGCUUGCUCGGGUAUCAAUAUUAGCACGAGCGGUUAAACAACAACUUUGCCCCCUUGUAAAACAAAUAACUAUUCUUUGUUUUGUGAUAAUUGAUAUUUUGAAUUUUUUUGUUGAAAAGCAUCAUUGUGAUAAUGAGAAAUAAAUGUAUAUGUAUGUAGGCAUAAGUACUUUUAUCGAAUAAACCAAUUUUGUACUUAUAUAAAGUCUGUAAAGUCAUUUCCGCUAGUAGAAAAAAGCGAAAAAUUAAAAAAAAAGUAACGAUCAAUAAUCCCAUAGAAAAAUUUAAUUUUGCGCCUUUUUCUACUGACAAAGUUGUUUGAUCGGCUAUACUUAACUUUAUUUUAUUUUUUCUUACUUAAUGACUGACAUAAUUAUUUUUCUUUGGUUUUUAAUUAAUAUAGUUUUGAUCCAUUAAAUCAUCAUUUACAUUAAA